AUCGGCGCAGGGGCAGGUGGCACCUGCUUGGCGGCGAGGCUGGCCAAAAUGGGGCAUCGCGUUACCGUUGUGGAGAAGAACGACUUUGGUGGUGGUAGGUGCUCGCUGCUGACACAGGGAGGCCACAGAUGGGAUCAAGGCCCCUCCCUCUACCUCAUGCCCGAGAUCUUCUCAGCCGCCUUCGAGGCUCUAGGGGAGCGAGUUGAGGAUCACAUUACACUGCAUCGCUGCGAUCCGGCCUACCGAAUCCACUACGCGGACGGACGCUCGCUCGAACUCUCCUCCAACCUCACCUCAAUGGGCUCCAUGCUCGAAGAAUUCGAGCGUCCCCACGGCAACGAGGAUCCGCUAGGUUCUUUCCUCUCCUUCCUCAAGGAGGCAGGGGAGAACUACGAGGAGUCGAUCAAGCAUGUGCUGACCAAAGAUUGGGCCAAUUGGUGGAGCUUCUUCCGGCCUGAACUCUUUCCUAUGCUGUGGAGGACGGGGGCGCUCAGGAUCUAUGAUAGCUUGUUUGCGAGGGCGAGCAGGUACUUCAAGAGUGAUGCCGUGAGACGAGCUAUGACUUUCAGCUCGAUGUACAUGGGCAUGAGCCCUUUCGACGCGCCGGCAACGUACUCGUUGCUGCAGUACGCUGAAUACGCCAAAGGCAUCUGGUACCCUAUUGGUGGAUUCUACAAGGUGGUCGAGGCAUUUGAGUCCAUAGGCCGCAAGCUCGGCGUGGACUUCAAGUACGGCACAGCUGUCAAGCGCAUUGUGACGCGACCAGGCAGCAAGCAGGUAGAGGGGGUCGAGCUUGCCGAUGGUACGACGAUCGAAGCGGAUGUGGUGGUGAGCAAUGCCGACCUGGUGUGGACGUACAACAACCUCCUGCCAAAGGACCCCUACGCUAAGACGCUCGCGUGCAAGGAUCAAACGUGCUCCUCCAUCUCCUUCUACUGGGGUCUCUCCCAGACCGUACCCUCCCUCGGCGGACACAACAUCUUCCUCGCCGAAGCGUACCGCGACUCGUUCGACGACAUCUUUCAGCGUGGCUCCCUACCUACCGAGCCCUCGUUCUACGUCAAUGUGCCCUCCCGCCUCGAUCCGACCGCUGCUCCGCCGGGAAAGGAUACGCUCGUUGUACUUGUCCCGUGUGGACCGUUGCCGCAGGAGGGCAAGAAGGGACAAGAGACAGGGCCGCGCAGUCGCGAGGAGUUUGCAGAGGUGACGAAGAGGGCGAGAAGGCAGGUGCUGGAGACGUUGAGGAGACGGCUCAAGGGGGUGGAUAUCGAGCAGCUCAUUGAGCAUGAAGUCGUCAAUGACCCCUUUGAUUGGCAGGAGCGUUUCUCACUUUGGAGAGGAAGUAUCCUCGGUCUCUCGCAUACCAUCCCGCAGGUGCUGUGGUUCAGACCCAGCCCGCAGCAUAGGAAGUACGACAACCUCUUCUUCGUCGGGGCGUCCACUCAGCCGGGAACCGGAGUCCCCGUCGUGGUAGCAGGCUCAGGUGUGGUAGCGGACAAGGUGGACGCACAUCUCCGCGGGGAAAGCGAAGGGUGGGCGAGCUGGCCUGCUCUGCGCGGCAGCAUCGGCCUUGCAGGGGUCAUGCUACUCGGCCUCGCCCUCGCGGGUAUCGCCUCGAGCGUCGUUGCCAUCCUCGCUCUCGUGGCUGGGCUGGCGCAUUACUUUGGUCUGGUUGACGUGGGCGGGCUUGUGUACAAGCAGCUCAAGGUGUGAGCAAAGGGGAGCGUGAUGUCAACGUUGCAUUGCCAGCUGGUGCGCUCUCUCACUGAAGCGCGUGGCUGUCAUCAACUGCCCCUUAUCUCUGGACCUGAAAACUCAAUAUCUAUACCACUCCCACCCUCGUCAUUCUCCAUCUGUCUCCUCCGAGCAUCUACUCGGCCUUCUUGGCACCCUUGACACCACCAGCCUUCUCGGCCUCCUUGAUAGACGCAGCGUCCGUAGCGGGUCCAGCGUUGCCGCCCAUACCGAAGGGACCAGCAGGGGCCUUGAAGGGUCGCUUGAGGUCGGUAGUUGUCGGCUGGCCCCAGAGCCAGAUCUUUGCCUCGUUGGACUCGAGUGCGUUCUUGACUGGGAGGAUAGAUUGGAUGAUGAGG